CGAAGGGUUUGCGUUGCUGCUGCUGCUGCUGCUGGUGCGGGGACUCUCCGCGCGGAGCUUCCUCCGGGGCGACCCCCGGGUUGCCCCCUCCCACGUCUUCUCCCCCCCCCCGCUCCGCCCCAUGCCCCGCCGGCUCUGGGCGCAAUUGCUGCUGCCUUCUCCUUGAAGGAGCCGAGCGAGCCGGGACCCAGCAAGCCCGCCCGGGACUGAGAGCCUCCUUCCCCCGCCCUCCUCCUCCUCCCCCAGCACCCCCUCCCCCCCAAAAAAGGAAUCCCCGCUCCAGGCUUCUCUCCGGUCCGACGACCCCUCACCGCCAUGGACGGCAAGCCGCUGCUGCAGGACCGGCCGCCGCCUUACAGCCCUUACGGGCCGCCGCCGGGCAACUAUGCACCCCACACCUACGGGACCAUCCCGCCGGCGCCGCCCUACCCGUUCCCCCCGGGGACCACCGGGCCAGGAUAUACCGCUCCGGCUAGUUCACAGCCGCACAACUAUCCCAAUACUACGUAUACAAUAAUCCAGCAGCCCCCUCCUACCACAUCUGUCAUAGUUGUGGGUGGCUGCCCGGCUUGCAGGGUUGGCGUGCUGGAAGACACCUUCACUUGCCUUGGCAUCCUGUGCGCCAUCGUUUUUUUCCCCGUGGGGAUCAUCUUUUGCCUCGCCUUGAGACAACGGACGUGUCCUAACUGCGGGGCGACAUUUGGUUAAGAGAUCGGAGCGCCUACAACCCCACAACCCGACCACAACCCAGAGGCUUUGAGCAGCUGUACCCCUUCUUUUUUUUUUCUAAUGUAAAUGUCAUGUACAAUCAAGUUUAUGCAUCGGAGCUGAUUUUGUAAAGAAAUACAAUUAUUAUCAAGCA